AAAUAAUUUGAGUAGCUAAGUAGUAACGAUGCCACCAAUGACGUUACCAAUAAACGUGACGAGCACGUCAAACAACAUGGACACGCUGAGCAGGAACGAACUGGUGGGAUUUAUUAACGAUACCCUCGCCCUUAACUACACCAAGGUGGAGCAGAUGUGCUCAGGAGCAGCAUACUGCCAGAUGUUACAUAUGUUGUGGCCCAAGAAUGUGCCGAUCAAGAAAGUGAAGUUUACCGCAAAGUUGGAAACUGCCUGGAUUGACAACUGGAAAGUACUUCAGGAAACCUUCAAAAAACUCCAGAUCGAAAAGGACGUCCCAAUACAGAGGCUGGUUAAGGGUCGAUUCCAAGACAACUUCGAGUUUCUGCAGUGGUUCUACAAGUUCUUCACGAUAAACGACGACGGAUCAGCUGCGUCCAGCUACGACGCAGUGGCAGUGAGAGGGGGACCGGCUGGUGGAGCCCAUGCUGCUUCUCGUUCUCCAGUUAAACGGCCUCCAAUCAAAAAGGCUGCUCCAGCUCCAUUAUCAAACGUAAAGCGGUCAGGAUCAAAUCAAAACAACGCUGAGGUGAAGCGACUACAGGGGGAGGUGACCGAUCUUAACACAGCUAUCGAGGGACUGGAAAAAGAGCGAGAUUUCUACUUCUCAAAACUUAGGGAUAUUGAGGUGGUGUGUCAAGAGAAGGAAGGAGACGACGCUUACGCUAAGUUUGUAGCAGAUAUAAUCGAGAUCCUGUACGCAACAGAAGAAGGGUUCGGACCCGCAGAGGACGGGGGUGUGGAGGCUGAACUGGAGGGUGAACCGGAGAUAGAUGACGAGGAGGCGGAGGAGCAGGAGGAAUAUUAGGGAGACUUUGGUGAAGGAGCAAGGGGAAUUAUAAUCCACCGUGACCCCUGGAGAGUUUAAGUUUUUGUUUUGCACCAAAAGUGAGAGGGAGUUGUUAUAUGAUACUUUUAGGGGUACGGCCUUUAAACGAUAUUGUCUUUACUGGACACCGUCUUGAAUUGGUGAUGUCUUUACUAUGCACGUCCUUGAAAAAGGUAUUUCAUUCGCCAAGUUUCUGGUUCAAUUUUCUCUAUUGCGACUCGUAUAGAUGCGAGUUUGUCUGCUAUUUGUUUAAAACUUUUAUAAAAAGUAUGUUGGUUUUUUAUUGAUAUUACUGCGAUCAUCUUUAUACGUAUAUGACGAUUAAUAUUUGAAAUUAUAUAGCGCCAAAAUGUUGAUAUUCAAUUGCCACAAUACAAUUUAUCAUCGUUAACUUCUA